GAACAGAAGACAGAAGAGAGUUCUCCCCUGAGUCGCUUCUCUCUCCUUCACCUUCGGAAUCCUUCCGCCGACUCCCUACGCCCUUUUUCCUCCCCUGAGUUAUCCCAAGGCCUACCGCUCACCGCCGAGCAAGGUUAUUUCAUCUUCUCCGAUUGAGUUCCGCUGUUUGCUCAGCUGGACGCUUGAUUGCGUUUUUCCCUUUCUUCUCCAGAUUUGAUUUGGCUUCUCCGGUACGUAUCACGCCGUGCUGACUUGAUUGGUCGAGAAUAGAGAAAAUUGCUCUUCGGGUCUUGCUCUGAAAUCCAGUCUCUAAUGGAGUUUCGGAACCCGGAAUUCUUCUCUUCUGCGGUUGCAAACUACGCCGGUCUCCUCCAAGCAAGCCUCAAAUCCAACAACUUGCUCUGUGGAAAAUCGGUUCAUGCCCAUAUCGUCAAGCUGGCACUCACAUUCAGCGCCUACGCGAUGAAUAAUGUCAUCAGCCUGUACGCGAAAACUGGGUCCGUUUCGGAUGCUCACAAAGUGUUCGACAGAAUGCCUGUGAGGACCAACUGCUCGUGGAACGGUAUUCUCUCCGGGUACCUGAGAAACGGGGCAAUCGAGGAAGCCCGUCUCCUGUUCGAUGAAAUUCCUGAACGGGAUUCGGUUACAUGGACCACGAUGAUUGUGGGUUAUAAUCGAAUGGGUAGUUUUGCCAAUGCAAUCGAGACGUUUGCUGAGAUGGUGAAAGAUGACGUAUUGCCAUCUCAGUUCACAUUGACGAAUGUGCUUGCUUCAUGCGCUGCUACUGGGUCUCUGGGCAUUGGGGAAAAUAUCCAUUCUUUCGUGGUUAAACUAGGCUUCAGUGGGUGCACUCCUGUGGCGAAUUCACUUCUCAAUAUGUACGCAAAGGGUCAGGAUUUGGUCAUGGCUGAAACCGUGUUUAGUAGAAUGGAAUCAAAAGACAUAUCGAGCUGGAAUACCCUUAUCACAUCGCUUUUGCAGAACAAGAAGGUCGAGCUAGCUGUAGAACUAUUUCAUAAAAUGAGUCAACACGAUAUCAUCACUUGGAAUUCAAUGAUUUCUGGCUUCAAUCAGCUUGGUCAUGACAAAAAAGCUCUGAGAUUCUUCUCGAGCAUGAUGAAGGAUCCUUCACUGAAACCCAAUAGGUUCACAUUAGGAAGUGCUUUAUCUGCUUGUGCCAAUACUGAGAACUUAAAGUACGGGAAACAAAUCCAUGGAUAUAUUAUUAGGACAAAGUUUGAUACUUCUGGUGCUGUUGGAAAUGCUCUGGUCUCAGUGUAUGCAAAAUGCGGAGGACUUGAAGCUGCACACAGAGUCAUAAACUUAAGAGGGAUUGAUAAUCUCAACGAUGUAGCGUUUACUGCUCUGUUAGAUGGAUAUAUGAAGCUUGGGAACAUCGCUCCAGCUCGACAGAUUUUCAACUCUUUGGAAGAGAAAGAUGUGGUUGCAUGGACAGCCAUGAUUGUAGGUUACAUUCAGAAUGGUGUACACAAUGCUGCACUGGAGCUGUUCAGAAAAAUGGUCAAAGAAGGGCCAACACCCAACAGUCACACGCUUUCUGCUAUCUUGGGUGUCUGCUCAAACAUGGCUUCCUUGAAUCAUGGAAAGCAAAUGCACGCAAGCAUCUUGAGAUCCAUGAAUGGUCGUCUAUCAUCAUCAGUUGCUAGUGCAAUCAUUACAAUGUACUCGAGAUCAGGAAGCAUCGCUGAUGCUCGAAAAGUAUUUGAUCUCAUAAGGUGGUGGAACAAAGAUACGACCACCUGGACUUCCAUUAUCAUAGCUUUAGCCCAACAUGGUCUCGGGGAAGAUGCUCUCCAACUGUUUGAUCAAAUGCUGGCGCUUUCCAUCAACCCCGACCAUAUAACUUACGUUGGUGUGCUCUCUGCAUGUAUACAUAUAGGACACGUGGAGCAAGGCAGAGGCUACUUCAACCUUAUGCAAAAUGUUCACAACAUCAAGCCAACGCUGAGUCAUUACGCUUGUAUGGUGGACUUGUUUGGACGAGCUGGGUUACUACAAGAGGCGUACAAUUUAAUCCGAAACAUGCCUAUCGAACCAGAUGUUAUUGUAUGGGGUUCACUUCUCUCUGCUUGCAAAGUACAUAAAAAUGUCGAGCUGGCAAAAGAAGCUGCUGAUAAAUUGCUGAUUCUUGACCCUGAAAACAGUGGCGCAUAUUCAUCACUCGCGAAUCUCUACUCUGCCUCUGGGAAAUGGGAGGACGCUGCCAAAACGAGGAAGUUGAUGAAGGAUAAUGGAGUAAAGAAAGAGCAAGGGUCUAGUUGGAUUCAGGUUGGGGACAGUGUUCAUGUGUUUGGUGCUGAUGAUGUGGUGCAUCCUCGGAAGUUGGAAAUAUAUGAGAAGAUGGACGGGAUAUGGGACGAGAUUAAAAAAAUGGGCUUUGUGCCUGAUACUGCUUCUGUGUUGCAUGAUCUUGAAGUGGAGGUAAAAGAUCAGAUCUUGAAGUAUCACAGUGAGAAGCUUGCGAUUGCAUUUGGGCUGAUAUGUACAAAAGAGAAUAUGACUUUGAGGGUAAUGAAGAACCUCAGGAUAUGUAACGAUUGUCACACGGCUAUCAAGUAUAUAUCCAAGCUCACUAGGAGAGAGAUCAUUGUGAGAGAUGCUACCCGAUUCCAUCAUUUCAGAGAUGGUUCCUGUUCUUGUAAGGACUACUGGUAGGAAAUGGAAGAUAUGCAGCAAUCAGUAUAACCAGAGGCCUGUUAGGACCUUUGGGAUGAAGAGGGCAAAUUAUGGUAGCAACUAGCAAAUAGAAGAGCCAAAUGUAUUGGCGAUGAUGAUGGCCAGGUUAUACAGUGGUAAUCUUGAAAUGAUAUCUUUGAGAAAUGGCUCACGGUGGAAGCUUGAAUACUAUUGGACUUUCGUCUCUGAACACAUGAAAGUACACCAUACAACAGGUAUUCUCCGCUAGAACUUCUGAAUGCUUUAGCUUGAAUUCCAUGCUCUAUAAUUUGAUUGUUGCUUAGUGGUGAAAUGGACGUCUGAGAGAUCUAAAAGAAAAAUAUGAAAGUAAUUACUAAUUUUCCUUCCAACUUUACUUUCAUCCCAUGUGAAGAUUCAGUGGUGUGUCUGCAUAUCAGAUGCUUUGCUAAUGCACACUGUAUCUAAUACAAAGCCGAUUAGUGGCUCUGUGACCAAACUUCAUACAACACUAUGAAAAGUUUAUGCUUAGCUUGUAACAUCUCCUCCUGAUUUCCCUAGGGUAUCAAUCCAUGAGAAAAGCUCGAUGAGAAGAUCGCAUCUGGCUGUUGGUCUUCUAUUUGCUGCAUAAAUAGCAAGGAUUGUAAAUCCAUAUCAGAGGUUGUGCUGGAUAAAUUCGUGGUAGUAUAUUUUGUGCUCAAACUCUGUUUCAACUGUUUCAUACCGGUAAAAUCCUAUACAGGCUUGAACUCGGAUAGGCAGUUUUUUUGGUCGGACGGUUGGUACGGUGUGGUUCUACAAACACUAUUAAAUAGUCAAGCAGGCAUAUAUGAAUUGAUACAUUUAGAAUUUUUUUGUAUACCUACAUUUGGAUAUUUUGAGACUAAGAUGAAACUUCUCUUACUUGACUUUGGUGAAAAAUUCCUGACUGUUAAGGGAUGAAUGAAUCUUUAAGUAAUAUGUCCAAUCUGGUUUCAGUCACUGGAGAAAUUAGAGACAGAGGGUAGAUGGUGGGCAGAGAGCUAGUUACUGACAGGAAGGGAGAAGAUUCCUGCCAAAGCUGCAACAACACUCUUAUUCGAGAAGCUCCCUGGUAAACUAAUAGAGCAUAUUGCCAUUAAUUCUCUUCAAUCUGGUUUAUUAGCUACUCAUCAUUUCACCUUGCCAUCUGCAGAGCUCGGUAUUUUAGUUGGGAAAGAAGGACUCCAUGGAAACGUCUUUCGAAUAAAACCACCCAUGUGUUUAAUGAUGCUGGUUGAUACUAAGAAAUCGAAUCAAAAGGAGAGUACAGCUGAAAGAGUGGGGGAUUGUAGACUCUGAUUGCUGUGUCUUAGGGACAAUGUUCAAGACGACGCUGGGCGCCACCUAAGCGCGGAGGCACCGCCCAACGCCCAGGCCGAUUAGUCGUUGCCUAGGCGAGAUUAAACGUCGAAAAAAAUAUAUGAUAAAUAUGUAAGUUUAGA